AGUUAGUUACAAAGUGUGCGUCGGGCAUGACUGUUUGUUUUUAUUGCUAUAUAGUUAAUUAAUUAUAAUAAAAUUUGUUAUAAUCAUUUUAUAGGUUAAUUGUACGAUAUUUUUAUUUAAUAGUAUGGCGAUAUUUGUUAUGUUUUUAUUGAUUUUUUACUGGUUAAAUAUCGUUUUUUGUGAGACAGUGACGUUUUAUGAAGGUAUUUUUAAUGAAGAACAAAAAAUUGUUUUUUAUCCUGACAGUCAGUCGGAGUAUUUCGGUUACUCGGUGCUUUUGAGUGAGUUAGGCCUGCACGUCGGAGCGCCGAAAGCGAAGAAUAGAAGUAACUCGUCAAUAAGCACUGGAUUAGUGUUUGUCUGUCCAUUGAACGAUUUGGAUAGACAUAACGUUACCUGCGCACCGUUAAUCACAAAUAUGCGUAUUACAAGAAAUUUCUAUGUAGACGACAUGUGGUUUGGCGCGACCAUGGGAGUAGUAAAGAAAGGAAAGUUAUGGAUUUGUGCGCCACGCUCUGCCAGACCGUAUAAGCAGACACAUUUGUUGUCAAACGGCGUUUGCUAUGUACAUUCCAGUACAAGGGAAGUGUUUUAUCAACCCCUCAAAGAUAUGUACAAACAAGCUUUCAGCACACACAACAUUAGACCUGAAUAUGAUGCCACAGCGAAUUACUAUGCGUAUGCGCAACUUGGCAUGUCUCUGAAGGUGUCGGAGAACAACCAUAUUAUUAUGGGUGCGCCGGGUCUUUCACAGUGGACUGGUGGAAUAGUCGAUUAUAAAAGUGAAAUAGACAAUAGUGUGCUGUUUAAAAAACAACAAGUUACGAACCCAUUCUACACUUAUGACUUACAACCAGACGAUUAUUUCGGAUAUAGCGUUGAAACAGGCGUAUUUGAAGAGAAUGAUACAGUACUUUAUGUGGGGGCGGCGCCGAGGUCCAAAAAUGGACUGGGUCAGGUUCUAAUAUUUGACCCUCCAUCACAAGAAACACAACCAUAUAAUAUAAGACAGAAGAUCAUUGGACCCCAAAUUGGUGCAUACUUCGGGGCUUCUCUCUGCUGCGUGGAUAUUAAUAAUGAUGGCAGACUGGACCUCUUAAUAGGAGCUCCUACAUUUGUCAAGAAAGAUGGCGGAUUGAACUUUGACCAGGGCGCAGUUUUCGUCUAUUUAAACCAUGCCAAGAAUGGUACGUUUUCCUUAGAAGAGUCUGGUUCCGUGUUAGGAUCAGAACACAGCGGGUCACGUUUUGGAAUGUCCAUAGCCAGCCUUGGUGACGUCGAUGGAGAUGGUUAUGAUGAUAUUGCAGUUGGUGCACCUUGGGAAAAUGAGGGUUCUGGAGUUGUUUACAUAUAUCAAGGUAGCGUUGAAGGAUUGAAAACUCGAUAUGCACAAAGGAUCCUUAUGGAAAAAGCUCUUGGUUUUGGCAUGUCUAUUUCUGUAGGAUAUGACGUUGAUAACAAUUUUUGUAAUGAUGUGGCUAUAGGAGCUCAUGCAAGUCAAACAACUUACCUGUUAAAGUGUGUUCCUACAAUCAAAGUGGAGGCCUCAAUUAAAGUACCCGAUUUAAUGGAUUUGCCCGAAGAUGCGACAAAUUUUACUGCAUAUUUCUGCGUGACUGUAAGAUCGCAAACGUGGCAACAUAUUAAAAUUGAUUUUAAAGCUACGAAACUGAUUGAUCCAGAAUUGAAUAGAGCGUCCAUGGAAGAUGAAACAGUCUCAGUUAUAACAAUAAAACCUGGUAUAGAUAUGUGUGAUGAACACAUUCUAGAAGUUAAUAGAUCUGCAGAUUUUUCAAAACCAAUACUAGUACAGUACCUAUUGGAACCUAGUAAAAUGGAACAUCUAACGAGAUUGUCAGAGGAUUCAAAGUUGCAGGCCUCUUUUCUCGCCCAGAUGAUAGGAGAUUGUGGUAAAGAUCUGCUUUGUACACCAUUAUUGAAGAUGACACUAGAACCAUUAGAUAGUCCAUACAUUCCUGGUGCAAAUAUGAAAUUGGGAGCAAGAAUAACAAUUGUAAAUAUAGAGGAACCAGCAUAUGGUGGACAGCUACACCUGAUGAUGCCACUAAUUCCAAUAAGAGUACCACGUUCUUGUACAUUAGAAAAACUGAACAUGACAUGCAACUUACCAACACCAUUGCAUAGGAAUGAAACAGCAAUAUACGAAAUAGAGUUGCAGUAUGAAUAUGAAGAACAAAAAGAACUGAAAUUCGUAGCUGAAUUGAAAGAACCUUUAUACAUGAAAAAUGUUACAGAAGGGGGUUUCAAGGAAUUGGAAUUAGUUGUAACACCAAAAGCCAAGUUCGCUGUCAAUGGAAAAUCGUAUACUAAUGCGACAAUAAUCGUGUCAAGAGAAAAACUAGACGAAGCAAAGGACUUAACAUUGAUACAUUUUUACGAGGUAACGAAUUUUGGACCUUCUGACUGGUACAACUUAAACGUUACGAUAUCAUUAUCAGAACAGAUAAACGUAGCAGUUCCAAUUGUUGGUUGUACUACAAAAUAUCACAAACUAAAUUGCAUUUGGACAAUAUUCGCUGGAAAUACUAAAUCACUCUAUUUGCCCCUACAUUACAAUUUGAGUCGGUUUGGAGAAUUGUUACAACCAAAUAAUACAGUUAACUUGACUUCUCGCCUCGAAUUAUUAACAAAGGAACAAUAUGAAACUGUGUCUGUGAAAACAACUUUGAUACUGGAACCCCCGUCACCAAUAUGGCCGCUGAUCGCAGCCGCAAUUGGCGGGUUAUUGAUCCUGAUUAUAUUGAUACUUAUUAUGUACAAGUUGGGAUUUUUCAAAAGACAACAGAAAGAAGAAUUAAAGAGGCUUCUAGAGGAAACAGCCCAAACAGAAGACAAUAAUGUUUCGGGAAACAAAUCAGAAGAAAGUAGCGACUCGGAGAACCAGUCAAAGGAACCUAGCGUUUCAGGACACUCUGCAGCACAAGAAACAAAAAAUAUACUAGAUUUAAUUGAAUUAGAUUCAGAUUAAGAGAAAAGAUAUUUAUUGAAAGAACAAGAUGAUGACAGUGAAGAUCAAGUUGACACGAUGAACUUUGUAUCACCUGCAACGCUAUUAAUUGAAAGUAGUCUGAAGUAGCCAUUUCCAUACCUAAUUCUAGUUUUAACUUUAGGGUUAUUAAUUUACUUUUUUUUUUAAACAGGUAACCACAUUUUAGACAAACUGAACAAAAAAGAAAUAUUCAAAUCAGUCAAACCGUUAUGAAGAAAAGACCAUUUAGAAAAAAUACGAAUAAUAAUAAAUUUUAUUUGCUUUGAAUACGUGAUACCAGAUUGUUCUUAUUGGAUAAGUAAACAGCUCCAUAUUCAGUUUGAAAAAAAAAUGCAAAUUAUAAUUUAUACUUCUAUAAAUGACGAGAAAGAAAAUAUGAGAGAUCCUAAUAAAGACAACAAGAUGGCAAUACAAUAAUUUUUAUUCUGUAUGUUUGACCUGGUAUCAUGCAAAAACUACAGCACCAAAUUGAAUGCUAACUUACAAACUGGUGUAUGUUUUAUCAUUAUACUUCAUCUAGUAUUAUUUUAUUUAGUUUUCCUACUUUUAAUAUUCAUGAUAUGGACAUGUGACGCGCAGAAAUGUGGAGGAUGUAUUAGAAAAGGUAUUAAGUAUGAAUGUGGAUGACUAUAAGGGCAGAGAAAUACCUAAAAAGACUUGGAUAGAAUGUGUGAAAGAUGAUACGGCCCGAAUGGAUAUAAAUACGGAAAUUACUGCGAAUAGUGAAGCUUUAAAUAAAAGAGAAGAACAUAUUGCGCCGACACCAAAUAAGAAUUGGGACAAAGGUAGAAAGAUAAUGAUGAUGUCUUCUGAUAUCCACACGUACGAAGUAGCGAGCAAAAAGUUUGUACCUAAUUUGAAUAGCAAAUUUGCAUUAUUACUUAUUGUGUUUAUUGAAUUGAAAUUAUUUAGCAACUAAAUAACUCGAAACGCAUGUACUCGUAGUUUGUAUGAAAUAACUGAUGAAUGUGGAGAAAGCGAAAGAGGCUUGUUUGAAUCGAAGCAUUUGGCGUUCCAUUAUUUCCGCUAAGAGUACUUAUGAUAGACAAGCGUGAAAGAUAUAAGUUAUUAUAUAUUAAUUUUUAAAUACAUGUAUAGUUAUACAUUCAUCUAUUUUUAGCGCCAUGUAGAUCCCGGCAUAGAAUAGGCCACCCCUUCCUUUACCGUGGGUGUCGUGAGAGGUAAUUAAGGUAACUUAAUGGUCAAGGGCUCGUCUCUCGACUAUUAAGUUUACUGUGACCUUGUAUUUUGUUUUUUUUUCUCUUUUUGUGUUAUAAAUAGUACAAAUGCUUGGUGCUAGUACAAUUGCUGUGUGGCGAUGGCGCCAGCAUCCUGAUGGUGGAUGUUGUAAGAGACGACUAAGGGAGCUUGUGGUGUAGGGAUGGACAGCAGUAGCCCUCUUAAAACAUCUCCAAAAGCCAAACUGCGGUUGCCUGCCAAGUGUAGCAACUACUAACUUUAUAUUAAUUUUUAAAUAGUCAUCUAUAAGCCAAAUAUUUACAUAAGCCUAUGUAAAUUUGAAGUUUAAUUUAACUUUAUUUAGUUUGAGAAGUUGAAAGGUUGGGUUUCUAUUUAUGACAAUUUUUGGGUUCGUAACAAGCUGGUCGGGUGUGGAACCCAAAAACAGAAUAGGAACUUUAAUUAUAAACAUGUAUUAGUGAUGGAAGGUAGUUUAUUAGUUAAUUUACUUUACUAGAAAUAAUUUCCACAUUAUUUUAAAUAUUACAUUUAUUAAUUUAAAUAACUUUAUUGACCAAAAAAAAAAGGAUGGUACAAAAGGACUCAAUGGUAGUAGCAUUCUCUACUAGUCAACCUUUGGGAUGAACACUGAGUCACGAACGCGGUACUUUAUUAUAUAUAUAUAUAUAUAUAUAUAUAUAUAUAUAUAUAUAUUACAUCGGGUAGAUUAAAAAAAUAUAAUUUACAAUAACGGAUUUAUCCCACAGAUGGAUCUCUUACAGACAACCUUUGAGACGCUGAAUAAAAACUUCGUUCGAGGUAAAAACUCUAUAGCUAAAGAUAAAACUCAAAAAUAACUUUUUAUUAUUAAAUUCCAUAUCUGUAUUCCAAUAAUAAGAAAUUAUAUACACCUUCCUAAAUAUAUAUACAUAUAUAUGACUGAAUAUUAGGAAUAUAAGAGUCUCUUAUUUCUGACAAUUAUUUCAACUCCAUACGGAAUUCUUCUUCAUGCUGAGUACAAUUGCUUACGUUACAGCGUUACCUCGCAUUGCGAUUGCAAAUAUAGAAGAAAUGAUAAACAUAACAAGUCAAUUUAAUUCCAAUAAUACAAUUUUGUAUAAAUAAUUGUAAUAUUUAUUGUUAGAUUUUUUUUACAAAAGUGCCAAAUAUUAAUUGUUAUAAAUCUAGUUUAGUGUAAAUAUAUUUAGAAGUUUAUUUUAAUUAUAAAAGAAAGUAUACUAAGCUAGAAUUAAACAUAUUUUUAUAUAA